AUGGAUAGCGACCUCAUCAAACUCGUGAACAAGCUUCAGGAUACUUUCAGUAACCUGGGCGGGGAGCUGGACAUGCCUCAACUGGUGGUCGUUGGCUCCCAGUCGGCCGGCAAGUCCAGUGUCCUAGAAAAUAUCGUCGGCCGCGACUUCCUCCCGCGAGGCCAGGGCAUCGUCACGCGCCGACCACUCGUCCUCCAACUCAUCCACAGCCCUAACGACGCCGAACACGGCCAAUUCCUCCACCUCGACAAGCGCUUUACGGACUUUGGCGAGAUCCGGAAAGAGAUCGAGGCGGAGACGUUCAGGGUUGCGGGUCAGAAUAAGGGCAUUUCCAAGUUGCCGAUUCAUUUGAGGAUAUUCAGCCCGAAUGUGUUGGAUUUGACGUUGGUGGAUUUGCCGGGGUUGACGAAGAUCCCGGUGGGCGACCAGCCGAGUGAUAUCGAGAGGCAGAUUCGAGGAUUAGUGUUGGAGUAUAUCUCAAAACCCAACUCUGUUAUCCUCGCUGUAUCCGCUGCAAACGUCGAUCUCGCCAACUCUGAAUCCCUCAAGCUCGCGCGUUCUGUCGACCCGCAAGGUCGCCGCACAAUUGGUGUCCUGACCAAACUCGACUUGAUGGACGCCGGCACCAACGCUCUCGACGUCCUCACAGGCCGCGUCUACCCUCUCAAGCUGGGUUUCAUCGGUGUCGUGAACCGCUCCCAGCAGGAUAUCAACGCCGAGAAGAACAUGCAAGACGCACUCUCCGCCGAAGAGGAGUUCUUCCGCUCUCACCCGGCGUAUAGGAAUAUCGCGCACAAAAACGGGACAAAGUACCUCGAGAAGCAGUUGAACAGCGUCCUGUUGAACCAUAUCCGGGAUAAGCUGCCGGAUAUGAAGGCGAGGUUGAACACGCUCAUGGGCCAGACGCAGCAAGAGCUGAACUCGUUCGGUGAUGCCGCGAUAUACGAGGACGUUAACCAGCAAGGCGCGCUGAUCUUGCGCCUCAUGACGCAGUUCGCGCGCGACUUCGUGUCGUCUAUCGAGGGCACCAAUGUCGAAGUCAGCACGAAAGAGCUGAGCGGAGGCGCGAGGAUAUACUACAUCUUCAACGACGUCUUCGGGCAUGCGCUUGCGUCCAUUGAUGCGACGCACAAUCUCGACAACCAGGAUAUCCGCACGGCGAUCCGGAACAGCACCGGCCCGCGCCCAUCACUCUUCGUGCCCGAAUUGGCGUUCGACCUCCUCGUCAAGCCACAAAUCCGUCUUCUCGAGGCACCGGCACUGCGCUGCGUAGAGUUGGUAUACGAAGAGCUCGUCAAGAUCUGCCACAACUGCACCGCGAGCGCCGAGCUACAACGCUUCCCACGCCUUCAUGCUCAACUCAUCGAGGUCGUCUCUGAGCUCCUCCGCGAACGCCUUGGUCCCACAAGCGACUACGCACAGUCUCUGAUCCAGAUUCAAGUGGCGUACAUCAACGUCAACCACCCGGCGUUCAUCGAGAACUCGGCUCGCGCGGCUACGCAGAGGAUUCAGCAGCCUGCGAAGCCACCACCUAGGCCGUCGAGUGCGGAGCCGUCGCUUGGGAAUGGAAGCGUCGUCAACGGUGAUGAUGGGGAGGGCAACGAGUUGGAGGAGCCCAUGAGCGCACCUGGUUCAAGAGCGGUUUCAGGCGUACACGACAGACACUCCUCCCCCCGUAACUCGCUCGCCAUUCCCACCGGCAGCGGUACCCUAAGCAAAGCGCGCGCCCUGCAACGUCCGGCAUCGGCGCACCCUGCUGGCCCGUCGGGUUCACCCCCCGGUUCAGCUCGCGAGACGUUCUUGAACUACUUCUUUGGGCAGAAUGGGCCGGGGCCUAUCGCUGGGAGCUCGUUGGAUCGCGCGGCUGCCGGUGGACCUGGAGUGGGGCAUAGUGGAAGGGACUUGCAGGGUGCAGAUGCGGGUGUUGGUGGGGGUUUGUUGACGCCGAAGAAUAAUGCGGCGUAUGAUAUGAAGAGUCUGGGGAGGCAUAUCGAGGCGACUGCGGCAGAUGGCGGCGCGCACCUCUCCAUGCGCGAGGACCUCGAGAUCGCCCUCAUUCGCUCUCUCAUAUCCGCGUACUUCGGCAUCGUGCGAGAGUCUAUCCAAGAUCUCGUACCAAAAGCCAUCAUGCAUCUCCUCGUCACCCAUACCGCCCAGCACGUACAGAACAGGCUGGUAGCGGCAUUGUACAAGCCCGAUCUGUUCGGGGGACUGCUACACGAGGACGAGAGUAUUGUUGCGGAGAGGGCGAGGGUCAAGGCGCUGUUGGAUGCGUACAAGGAUGCGUUCAGGACGCUCAGUGAGGUUGGGCUGAAGCAUACGUAG